UUGUGGGGGCAGGAGCCGGUGGUCCUCCAUAUUUACAGGUGCCGCCAUUUUGUGUGUGUUUCUGCGGCGUCUCCAGGUCUUCGGGGGGAAGAGAGGGAGAGAGAGAGACGGAGACCGAGGGCGCGAAGCCGUCAAGAAGGAGUUCCGGGAGAGGGUGAGCGGUCGUCGGUGGACGAGGCGAAACCGUCCUCAGUACACGCGGUCGCUUCCCUUCUCCACAGCGUAGCCCGGGGUCAGCUCGGGCCGCGGCGGCGGCGGCGAUGGGGAGGUCUCGGAGCCGCAGCUCGUCGCGCUCCAAGCACGCCAAGAGCAGCAAGCACGGCAAGCGGCGGACGCGCUCGCACUCGCGGGACAAGGAGCGGCCGCGCAAACGCUCCAAGUCCCGGGAGAAGAAGAGCCGGCGGCACGCGGCCACCCGCGAGUCGCGCUCCCGCUCCCGCUGCCGCACCACCCCCGAGCGCAUCGACAUCUUCGGCCGCAACCUCAGCAAGCGCAGCAGCCUGGACGAGAAGCAGAAGCGUGAGGAGGAGGAGAAAAAGGCCGAGUUGGAGAGGCAGCGUAAGAUCCGACAACAGGAAAUAGAAGAAAAGUUGAUUGAAGAAGAAACAGCAAGAAGAGUAGAGGAACUUGUGGCUAAACGUGUGGAAGAAGAGUUGGAGAAGCGCAAAGAUGAGAUUGAGCGUGAGGUACUCCGGCGUGUUGAGGAGGCCAAGCGUAUUAUGGAAAAGCAACUGUUGGAGGAGCUUGAGCGACAGCGACAUGCUGAGCUUGCUGCACAGAAAGCUAGAGAGGAGGAAGAACGAGCUAAACGGGAAGAACUAGAGCGAAUAUUGGAGGAAAAUAAUCGAAAAAUAGCAGAAGCUCAGGCUAAAUUGGCUGAGGAGCAAUUGAAAAUUGUUGAAGAGCAAAGAAAAAUCCAUGAAGAAAGGAUGAAGCUUGAGCAAGAAAGACAGCGUCAGCAAAAGGAAGAACAAAAACUGAUCCUGGGCAAGGGGAAGUCCAGGCCAAAGCUGUCCUUCUCACUGAAAAGCUCUGUUGGAUAACUUUGUGCUUGUGUUCUUUUUUUAAACCUUGUAGCUUCAUGUUGAAGUGUUUUUGGGAAAGACAAAGUUCGAAUGAUCAGAUGUGGGCUGUGCUCUACAACAUUUCUUAACAGAAUGAGAAAUGUGAUUUUAAAACUGAAAUUCAAACAUCUUCUAUCAGUACAAUGGAACCCUGUAUAGAGCAUCUCUGAUUUGCAGAUGUAAAAUGUUAUCACGCAGAGAUCAUCCUUAUCAGUUUCCAUAACAAAUUGGCUGCAGCAGAUUGCGACUUUGAAAGAUUUAGGGGAUCUUCACAGAGAUGAUCUAAAAAUGGGUUCCGCUGUAGUUAACUUAGCAAACCCAAUGUGAUGUAAAUGUUAAGUAGUAUUGGGAUGAUGUAGUAAUAUCAACUGUAAAUGAAACAAAUUGGAAAAUAUACCAUUUUAAAAACAUUUUGGAUCUGUAAUCAAAAUUGACUGCCCAACCAACCCUGAAUGAACUUUGGAGUUUCUGUGGUGUUAACAAAUAUAUUGCUGUUGUCAGUGGAAUGGCUCCCGUCAUUCACAGGUAAGGAAAAUAACCACAUUUCUGGGGGUGAGAAGAAUUAUUGUUCUGGAUCUGCAGUACACACACCUUAAUGUUCUGAUUUGUUUUUCAUCAUUUAGCAAGAGUUAGCCUGCUUUUUUUUCCCCAUAUUGUAAAUGUACAAACUUCACAAAUAAAAUAAGGUCUUAAAUGCAUGAAAGAA